AAAUAUGGCCGACGAUUCGAAGAUCAGCGUUGCUCGUGUUUAACUAUUUCAGUCAUAGUUUUCAACAUGGCGUCUCGUCACUUACUCAACAUGGAAAAUAAGGGAUAUUCUGGCGCGUUGGGAACUUUUUUGAUGGGAGGAAAUGGCAAUUUAACAGGAUAUUUGGACGCUUCGAACUCUGUAGCAGUCAACUCGAUCGAGAGUAGUUGACUUUAUUGAUGCACUUUCCUGUAAUAGGCGAGUGUUUGGGAUGGAGAACGACGGAUUUUGAAGAACUGUAUGGCGACCUAAGUCAAUAAUCAAUGACAAAAGAACUGACUCGGGAAGUAAGUGGUUUUUAUUUAUCGAGUCCCUGUGAGGUUUGAUGAAUAGCAGAAUCAGUACUGAAUAUGUCUCGAUCGAGAGCAGACGGGACCAUGAGCUCCUGAUUGUAAUAUUUUAGAAAUUUUACAAAUUUCCUUACAGUUUCUUAUAUUAUUUGGACGCCAUUAUGGACGAAAUGCGCAAGCGCGACCGCCAUCUUGUCCAAAAUUUCUGCCGAUGACAAGUCUAUUCUGUAAUUCGGAGGUAUAGAUACUAGGUUUACAAAUUUUUUCAAUUUCAAUGCAUUCAGCAGCAUCUGGAGUCAGAACAGUGUGACCUUUGUGGCUUUUUGUUGGUUGAAAACAGGAGUUUGUCAAAUCAUAGUCACGCAAGACAUUUUGAACAAAACGACGACUUACCCAAAGUUGUUGUGCACUUGUGCGCUGAGAUACUCCAUCGUGGUGAAGAUCCAAGACCCUUUCGCGAACAAAAUUUGGUAAACGUCUACCGUUAUCGAAAAGCCCACCAGCCUGAUUGAUUCUAAGUUGCACGGACAUAAUCUCGCACUUAUCCAACACUAACUGCUUCUCAAAAAGGAACAACGGUUGCUUUGUAAUGAUUGGCUUACGCAAACCACAAAGGCGUAAAAAAAAUUAUUAGGGCCGAUUUUUGUUUUGAAAUUUCAACCGCUCAGGUAUCUUUCGAUUGAAAUUUGUUCGACAAAGGGCCGCUUUGGUGAUCAACAUUUAUUUAUUGACUAAAACUGUACAUACAGUCGGAAAAUCAAACGCGGCCGCUUCAAAAUAUUCAUCGAAAUUUUGAAUCUGCCGCGGCUGUUCCCACAGUCGAAAUUCUUUGUUAACGAAUCGGUUUCUGAUUGGUUAAAAAACCUCGGGUGGCCCCGGUUGAGGCCGUUGCACUGUAAGCUACUAGAGGACCGUUGAAAAUUUGAACACGUUAUAACGAAUAGUAUGUCAAAAAAUAGUCCUGUCAAAAGACUUUUGACAGGAAUAACAGUGAUGGUAAAGCAAGCCUAAAACGGAAGAAAUCGCCAGAAGCUACAACGGACACACAGGAUGUGAGUAAGUGUUAAUGAUUUUACGUGUAAAUUAUUCAUAUUUCGAAAUAUUUAUCGUUGUAAAUCGACCAUAUUUCGUUCCCCAUACUAUUCGUUAUAAUGUGUUCAAAUUUUCAACGGUUCCUCUCGUAGCUUAACACCGAGUCACACAACGUGACGCGUUCAUGAAUUAAUCGUUGGCUUUUUCUCGAGACGUGAGCGUUGUUUCUGAAGACUCUGAAAGAAAGCAGUAACACGAUCGCAGACCAGGGUCAGAUGAUGAGGAGUUAAAAAUUCUUGCAUGGUUUAUCGUUAUUUAGAACAUAUUAAAGGGAUAGAAAUGGAAUUUCAUGACGGUACUUUGGCAACAAUACCAUUCAUACUUUGCCACUUUCAGAUGGAAAAUGCAAAGGAAGAUCGAGCAACAGCAUCCAACUUCACGGCAAUUUCUUCACUAUCUGCACCAGAGGAAACUGUUCACAUCGAGUACUCUGAGGUGAGAGAAACUAUUCGAAGACUACAGGAAUUAAUACCGUCAUUGGACUUCAGAGAUUCCAACCCUCCCGAUUUGAUGUCUUGCCUCCCGCUCUCCCGAUUUUUACCAAAUUCUCCCGAUUUAUCAUAAAAUUCUGAAAAGUAGGGGAAAAUUGCUAAUGUUUAGAAUUUUUGGCGAUCUGUCACUGUGAAACACUCAUAUUAUACUUACUUUCUUCGCGAAGAGCAUUAUGGUAUGUUAUAACUCAGGCCGGAAUGAUGUCAAAAUUCAGGAAAUGGCACUUGAGAGAACCUAAAUUUGCAAAAUUUCCCGGGGGCAUGCCCCCUGACCCCCCUAGAAGCUUGCGCCUUUGGCACUAAUAAUUACUCCCUAUUUUCCAUCACAUGGGGUUGGAAUCUCUGGGACUUACUGCUUUAUUACAUACCCUUUUGGGCCAAUUAUUGAAGAGUGUGCUUCUCCCUCUCCCCGCCCUUAGGGCCCCGGCUUUACUCAUGAUAUAUAUUAUAAAAGAUGAGCAUUAUUGAAUUUUUUAGGUUGAAGUAAACUUCUUUUGAUGCCAGAAUAUGCCUAUGAGGAUCGUUAGUUGUCUUUUGAGGGUGCCAGCAAAACAAAGCUAUUAAAUUAAAUGGAAAUGUGGAAAGGGGGAAUUCACACUGCUUGUAAAAUGAAUACAACUCAAGUUGUGUAAUAUGAAGUACAUUUAAACUUUGCAAGGAAGAGGUGCUUCAUGUGAGCACUUAACCUUUUUCUCAACUAUUUGAUUUUUAAUUGUUUGUUUUUUAAAGGUUCCCCUUGUCUAUAGAGGAUUAAAUGAUAGUGUUACUGAUCAAGUUUCAAAUAGGUAAGUUGUUUUGUCUGAAACUUGUAAACUUUACCUUUUUGAAGCAUACUGAAGUUAUUUUUUUCUAUGCAAUCCCAUGGACUGUUUGUCACAGUGAGUGUAAUCCUAAGAAGGACUGUUGUUAGUAGUGCUCACUGAUAUUUUGCCACUACCUUCAACUGUUCUUAUCACUGAGCUACCCCCAUGUUAUCAAAUGUUACCCCCAAUUAUUCAAAACAUUUACUGUACCAAUACCAUCUAUCAUCACAUUCAUUGAUUUUUUCCUCUAAAGAUCUGUUCAUCACAGAAGUUUAAGUAGCUUAGUUUUGUGGCACCCUAGCGUACUGGACAUAACUGUUCUGGAUUGACAUUUUACUAUAAGGAAAUGGAACAAGAAAAGGAACCUGAGUUACUUUUUUCUUUUUUAAAACUUGAUUGACCCUUUAACUACCAAGAUUUCAUAAAUAAUUCUCCUUACUGUCUGCCAUACAAUUUAUAUGAUGUUAGUUUGGAGAAUUUGGCAUUGGAUUAACCAAUAAUCCCCUAAUUGAUAUUUUUAGUUUAUCCUAUUACUUGCCUGCUUGAUAUCAUACUGAUAGUGUAAGGAGAAAUUCUGUUAAAUGCCACACCUAGAAAUUUUUCCCCAAUAAAAAUAUAUCAAAGGGUUGUAAAAAUAGCAGGAAAAGAGAUGCUUCCAGAAAUGCUGAUUGGUACCAAAGUUCUUGCCUACCACACAAAAUGUUUUGCAUUUAUUAAUGUGGGCAACCACAAUUUUGAAAAAUAACUGAACUUGAAAAAUGAGCAACAAAAACCCUGUAGUUCCUUUUAAAGUUCAUUAUACUGUGCUGUCUAGUUUUCACAAUUCUAACCUAUUGAGUCCUAUUUUAUUAGCAUGUGAUGGUUGUUUGCUUUAUUGCUUGGACCAUUAAUGGCCAUGAAAACUUAUAAUGGAGUUUGUGGAUGUUUUUUCAUCAAUUCAGUGUAUUUUUUUAAAAGAAAUAACUCUUGAUACUGUUUAACUUCCAAAUAUUCAUGUGAAAUUAAUUGAAAGUGAAUGUACUGUUUUUAAAAAAUAAUGCACUAAAAUGCUUUUGAUCCUUAAGAUAUUUCAGGGAAACUAUAGAGCCUUAUUUAUAGCAUCUUAAUCAUCAUAAGUUAUUAUUUUAUUAUUGAUCUUAAUGCCAAACCUUAACACUGAGUCUGACUCUAGUUGAUGAAUUUAAAAGUGUUGCAGGUAAAUGGUUACUUUGAGAAGUGUGUUAUCUUCUGAUAUAGAAGUAAUGUUUCUUUAGUGUGUUCAUGUACAUGUACAUCACAGGAUGAGUCUUUUCUAUCCUUUACAAACCCACAGUCAUGAAAAGCAAUCAAAACUUCAAUUCAAACAAACAAGUUUUCUCAAACAAUAUAUAGUGAACUGUGUUGUUUUCUCUUUGUCAGCCUUAGGGAUGUUCAGUCUCCUCUUACUACUGGUACUCCUACCGAAGGAGAAUGUCAAGGAAGAGAGGAGCACUCAUGUUUGAAUGGAAAUCAUCACCAAGGUAUAGAAGACUCUCAUGAUGUUUAGUGAUGCUUUUAAUGGAAAUUUUACUCAAGUAAACUUUACUUACUUUUAGUAAACAACUUACUUGUACAUUGAAAAAGCCCACAAAGGUUCAAACAAUUGACUAAGAUAAAAACAAAUUCCAAUAUCUACUAUGAAAACUAGGUACUAUAACUGCUAUUACAAUUAACUCUAAGGCUUUAUCUUUUUAGAAUUAUUGUGAGGUUUUACUAAUUAUCACCCAAUCUAUGUUUUACCCUUUGCAUUUUCAAUCUUUUCUCUGGCACACAGUCAGACGCCUGAACAUAAAAAAGGAAUGUUAGAUGAUAACUGUUUUCUAUCGAUUGAAUGGUAGGUUCCUUUCUUUUUUUCCAGCCUGGUGACCAAAUUAAGAAAAAAAAAGAAACAAUUUUAUCCCUUCACCUUUGCUUUGCUGAUUAAGAAAAAAUAGUAAAUGAACCAAAUUAUUAUGUUUUACAUUCUAUACUAAAUUACUAAAUUCUAACAUGUCAAGUAAAUUUUGUUCUAUUCAAUUCACAAUUUUUACAAUAUUUAACUGCUUUGUGGUUACUUUUUAACUAUCUUAUAGUUCAUUCGUCACCUCAGCCAUCAACAAAUGAAGAUUUGUGUUCUAUGCAAGAAGAAGAUCUAGCAGAGGUAAGAAGAAGUAAACUGGAUCGUAGUAUUGUACGAAGUUUAUAUUCUUAGUGUUAGUGUUGAAAAGCUUGCGGGAAAGUGCAUUACAUAUACGUGAUAAAAAACAUUAUGUCGUUCCCAAGUGGUCAAUGAUGAAUGUUUGAAUAGAAUGUAGAGUGGAACAUGGGAUUUCCGUUUUUUCUUCCCUCGAAAUCUAAGCUUCCAAAAAAAACAAUCUGGUAAAUUCUUAAAUACUAGGAAAACGUAAGCCCAAGUUUGUCGGUAACAAGUAGCGUAUAGAAUUACCUAUUCAGAGAAUUGGGAGACAACCGAGCAUUUUCCAAACAAACUUUGCUGAAAGUACAUCAAUAAAAAAAAAAUGAAUUGCUCUUGUAUUUCAUGAUUUAUGGUCAUGGUUGAUCGAUCGAAGUCAAUGUUAUAGUUAUGCCGAAGUAAAGGAGGCGAUACCGCUUAAUUAAUUAAUACCGAGUGGGAAAUGUUUCAUGAUCGAUUCAGUCGAUUUUUCCUCGUUUUACUGCUAACAUACUCGUGAAUGCACAGCAAAACUUUUGAUGAACACAACGGGUGAAGUGCUGAAAUUUGGUGUAUUGAGUGAAUUCCGCAGGUUGAGUGUUUGUAAACUGAGAUGUCAUGAAACGGUUUUCAAACAUUGGUGAACAUAUACAUGUAGUAAAUUUUUAGUCCACUAGCAUCAGGUUGGACGUUUCCACAUGCUCUCUUAAUUGGCGACAACUGAAAAGAUCCAACCAUUUGAUGGAGUGAUUUAGCGACCAUAAAACCAAGCUAAACUAUCCAAAGAGGUCGAAUGUCAAAUAACAUUGUGAAAUAUUUAUCAAGAUACUCGAACAGUUUCUGAAAUGUCCAUCAGAACUAAAGCUUGAUGACUUUUUUUUUCACUUCUCAAGUCAUGGUCUACGAAUUUUUUUAAAGUACCUGUUGCAGGGAACCGUUAGUUAUUCCCAGCUGUGCUGCAUAUACAUGUAAAUUAUGCCUAGAAUGUCCGCAUUACUCAGCUCACACUAGUAUCCUGAAAAUUCGAAUUCAGAACUCAAGGAGCUUACCGAUGACUGUACUGUUUCGAUAUCGGAGGAAAUCGUUCCAAAGAAAGGAAUCCUUGUGAUGACUUGUCUGGUCUGUUAUGAAGACUUUCGUUUAGCUUCUUAUUAAAUGCUUCCGUAGAAAACAAAUCAUUUUUAAACUACUUUGCUUUUAUAAAAUGCCACAAGGGACUUGUUUUAAAAAGUUUAAAACAGUUUCAACGAGGUUUCCUAAGGAUUCCAAGAGAAAUUCGCCGCAUUACAAAAACGUCAUAGAUACUAAAAUUAGGCAUGACAUUAAGCUAUGCAUUAUCUGGAUUUAGGGUAACAGAGCGGAAACUUUAUGCGAUGACGUACUAGAUUAAGCGGGGAGAGCAGCUUCCGGCUGCCACCUUGGCUCGGGAAGAGUCUGAGCACGUUGAGCUUCCAGAGUGUAUGAAUGGAAUUUCCCAGGAAAAAAGUGCUCUCUUUAGCUAAGCACUGUAGAUACUCCCAAGAUGUUAUAUCGUGUUCGUCAGUAUUCAGACUUCAGUGAUGAAAAAGAAGGCUCCGGUUUGAAGGAACUGAAGCAGGAGAAGGAUAUAUAGAGAAUAAUACAUGGGCGCGCCUAGAUAUGGAAAUUCUCUUCGAGUGUUUAACUCCAUAGCUCACGAGUGAGAUGUCGAGUUGAACACAAGAAGAAAAAUUUCAUAUCUACAAGUAACCAUGUAUUAUUUUGUUUACCAUAUAAGCACAAUAGCCCUUUACUGACAAGAAAAGUCGAAUUUAUUAAUAAAUGGAAAUAAAAGGAUCGACAAUCCCCCAAUAAAAAUCGUAAAGUGCGUUAGCGCACUCAAAAUGAAAACAUGCGUUGAAUCACUAAAAAGACAAUGGGCAUAAUUUUCAAUAUACAAAAUUUUCAGUUAUUGAAUUGUUCCUUACCGAUAGAAAUCCUUCAGGUACACGGCGAAAAUCGGCCUAUGGUAAAGCUUCCGGGAGUCGAUUUUCGUUCUCAGUCGCGAGAAAUGCCAUUGAUCCAACAUUGCUGCUUUGAAUUAUAUUUUUCUAUAAUAAAUUGCGUUAUGUUUGUCAGGAUUCAGACUCCAGUGAUGAAGGAGAAGGGAUCAGUGUGGAUGAAUUGAAGCAAACGGAUGGAUAUAGGUUAUUUGUUGAAGCUUUGGAUGCACACGUAAAGGCUAACUCGACUAAAGAGUAAUUUAUUGCCGAAAGACACUGGGCGCCCUUCUUUGAACUAUUUAUUUGUUGCAGCGAAGCUUGUAGAAUACAGGACGAGAGUUAGAUAUUUAAAGGCAUUCGUUGCCUAUGUCAAAAGUAUUUUUAUGAAUGCUGUAAGAAAUAUUUUAGUAUUUUUGUGAAUGCUGUAAGAAAUAUUUAAGUAUUUUUAUGAAUGUUUUAGGAAGGAACUGUUU